CCAGUCUGACAGUUGCUAACUCACAUUAGAAAAACCACGAAACCCCCAUAGCAGAGGGUUUAAGAAGCGAAGGCCAAAUAGCAUGAACAUUUGACUUUGCAGCAAAAAUCCUCAGUCCUCACAAAAUGGAGACGACAAGGCUCCGUUUGCUGUUCGAGGAUCGCAACAUUCUGAACAAGUCACAGAAGAAACAAGGACUAAAGCGAAGCUGGAUUCUCCUUAAACCCCAACACCAAACCAUCUUGGAUCUUUCCUCUCAUCUUCUCUACGUUUUCCACCUCCACAGAUCUUGCCCGCACGGCCUCAUCCUUUCCAUGGACGGCUUUGUUUUGCCACCUUUCGAGUCAACUUGUAUUUUCAAAGAUAAAGAUAUUAUCAGUGUGAAGAAAAAAGGAGGUAAGCGGACUGAGAUUAUUAAGGUAGGUGACGGUUUGAAUUCUUUGGAAGAAUUAGAAAUAGUAGAGCAACCGCCUGUGAAUACAGGCGUGAAGCUUCUAGCCAGUAAGGAGUUUGACAAGCAAACUGGGGGAUAUGAAAGUGAACCGGAAGAAGAUGAACAAGAACUCGAGCCAUUGGAGAAUGAGGAACAUGUGGAAAGCACUCCAAUUCAAAACAUUGUUUCAAAGAAAAGAAAGGCAUCGGAGAAGCUUCCCAGACCUAAGAGGAAGAAAAGUAAACUGUCUAGGGCCAGAAAAUCUCCUGUUUCUGUAGAUAAUGGAAAUGAUGUCCAUCACAAGAAAAGCAAAAGCUCUCAUCAGCGAACUGUUCUCCCCGAAGAAAAGGUUAUUGGGAAGGAUAAUCCAGUUGAUAUACAGGGAGAACCAGAUAAGUUAAGCAACCCUGAAACUGAUGAAAGUAGUGAUGAUGAUACCAAUGUGGGAAGGUUCCCCCAGCUUCAAGAAACUGGCAAAGGGAGUGUGGUUGUAUCUCAGACAACCAGUGAAGCUAAAAAGCCCCCUAGCAGAAGCGCACGACGUAAAAAAGCCAAAAGGCGAUGGUUGAGGGAGCAGGCCAUAAUUGAAAAGGAAAAGCUGCCUUCCAAACAGCUGCUUGGGAAAGAUAAUCAGCAAUCACCCGCAAAAGAGAAUCUCGAAGUUUCUGAAGAACAUCUUCAACCAGUUGGCAAUAGCAGUGUCAAGGAUUACAUGGUUCCAGUAGUAAUUAGGCCUGGACAUAUUCGCUUUGAGCCCCUGGAAACAGAAGAUGCAGAGCGAGCUGUCCAACAAAGUCAAAUUUCAGUGGAAACCUUUCAAUGGAAUGGAAUAACCAGCAAGAAGAAGGGUCAAAAAUGGGGCAAGGAGAAAACUCCAUUUCUGAAAAGGAAUGAUGAUAAAAGUUUUAGCCAAGUGAGUACCGAAAUGGUGGCUAUUGAGGAAAAGGCAACCAUAACUGAUGACAUGGACUUUGACAAGCUUAUGCCCUAUUCUAGCUUGCCUAAGGAGGGAGAUUUUGUUGCAUAUCGCUUAGUUGAGCUAUCAUCAUCUUGGACCCCUGAGCUUUGCUCCUUCCGAGUUGGGAAAAUAUCAGACUAUGAUGCUGAAUCCAACAGGAUCAUUCUGACACCAGUGCCGGAAUAUCCAAAUGCUUCUGAGAAAAAGAUAGAUGAGGAUGAAUCUGAACUACAAUCAGAUACAUCCCUUUAUGGAGAAGAUGGCUCAUUAGAGAUAGAUUAUACCUCUCUAAUUGAUGUCCGUCUCAUCAAGCAUGGCAACUCAAAUACCAUAAUAUCAGUUGCUGGUGGCAUCAGUGAAAAUUGUGCAGAAGAUCCAAAUGUUUUAAAAAAUAGACAACCAAAUGGCAGCAAGGAAGCGGCCCUUGUCUCAGCCCCUCCUCUUGCUCAAGCUAAUGGUGUCGUAAAUGGGUGGGAAGAAAUUAGCCAGGCUUUGAGUGCAAAGAAGGUGGAGCUCUCUAAAGAGGAUGGUUGGAGUCAAACAGAUAGUUCAGGUAGGAGCUCGUGGUCCUAUAGGGCCCUAAGACGCAGUGCCCUGGGCCCAACUAUGGCUUUCUUAAGAGCACAAAAUGGGAUCAUGGGAGCAUCACCAACAUAAUUUAAGUGUAGUUCCUUAAUGUUUUUGAACCUUUAAAAGAUGAGAGCAAGGCAGUUUUGUUUUGGCUUUUGCUUUUAAUGUACUUGAAUGUCUCUGGUGCCAUCAAACGCUAAUGUCUUUGUAUGGAAUGCAAAUGUUUUAUUUUUCA